AUGUCCGCAUCCUCCAGACCGCCCAACAUCAACAUGGAUCUGGCUCCGAACCACCCGCACCAGCCCGAGGAGCCCAUCCCGCCCUUCCCAACCGAUGUCGACGUCCCCGCCCUCGAUCCUAGCUUGAAGCUGCCCCCGAAGGAGGGAGAGUACAGCGACCUCCUGCUCGGCUGCGCGACGUUCGGAUACGGCGUGUACGAGAGCAAGGAGCACGUCCGGACCAAUGAGCCGCUCAAGAUUGUCAAGACGGCGCUUGACGCGGGCAUCAACGGGUUCGAUACUUCCCCCCACUACCACCCCUCCGAGACGAUUCUGGGGCACGCCCUCGCCUCGCUCCGCGCCCAGUACCCUCGCGAGAGCUACAAGCUCCUGACCAAGGCGGGCAAGUACGGCCCCCGGCUGCAGGACCACGUCUACAGUCCGGACGUCAUCCGCGCCUCGGUCGAGCGCUCCCUUCGCCGACUGCAGACCUCGUACCUCGACGUCGUGUAUCUGCACGACUGCGAGUUCCUCUCGUCCUUCCCCUUCCCCAUGCCGGCGGGGGACCACUCGCUCGCCCUGAGCUCGGAGGCAGAGGCGGAGGCAUGGGGUCUCGCUGAGCCCUAUAACCCGCGGGGGGAGGGCGACGCCGCGGUACUUGCUGCGUUCCAGGAACUGCGCAAGAUGCAGAAAGAGGGCAAAAUCCGAGCCUGCGGAUUGGCGGGAUACCCGCUCCCGACGCUGCUGCGGUUCUGCCGCAUGAUCAAGGCGCAGACGGGGGAGAGCGUGGAUGUCGUGCAGAACUAUUCCCACUUUACGCUCCAGAACAGCGCGCUCGAAGCGUACCUCCCCGCCUUCACUUCUGCCGGCGUCAGGCAGGUCAUCAAUGCCGCACCCCUCUCCAUGGGCCUACUGACGACCGCGGGGCCGCCGGGGUGGCACCCCGCCGUGUUCGUCGAUCAUCUCCGGGACUCGGCGCGCGAGGCCGCCCAGCUCUGCAAGAAGGAGGGGGGCAGUAUUGAAGAGGAAGGACUGAGGUUUGGAUACAAGCGGCUCAGCAUGGGAGAACGGGGCAAGGAAAAGGUCGUGCCCUGCGUCAUUGGGUGCACGACGCGGGAGCAGCUGAUCCAGACACUGCAGACUUUCAAGAAGGUCCGCGAUGGAGAGGAGAGGAGCGAGCUUGGUGACAAGGUCAGGGGGUUGCUCGAGGAGAGGGGGGCGCUGGGCGUCAGCUGGCAGAAACCGGCGCCGGAGGAGAUGAUUUAG